AUGGAGAGUUAUUUUGGAGAAAAAGGUUCUAAAUGGAAAUGUGGUCUUCCAAAAGAAGGUGGUUCUCAAGAAAAAAUUCUGGAAAAGUUGAGAAUGAAAUAUGCAGCAGCAAUCUUAACUUAUGAGAUUAAUACAAAGAGUGAUGAUGUGUUGAAAGCUGCAUAUGAGUAUCAAAAAGUUGAUCAAAAGAUUUGUGAUAUUGUGAAGAAUGUUUGUUUUUAUGAUGAUGGAAAACAUGGUGAUGGAAAACAAAUAUGUAGUAAAGACUUGUUAGGUUCAAUGGAGAUAAUCUUUGUAAGUAAUGGUGGAAGACUUCUUGGAGUCAGCUACAAUAUGUAUGAAAAUCUAACUAGGAAUAUGAAGAACAAGAAUCUUGGAAAAUGGAGAACUUGA